AUGUCGGCCAGCCCUUUCCUCCACACUACACACUCAAACGACCUCAGUUCCCUCGGACUGGGCGCCGAGACCAACCAGUAUGAUUACCAAGGCGUCAACCACUUUCUGGCGGUGCUGGAUCACGAAAACAAUCUUUUCGCCACCGACACAACAGGGACCAAGAGUCAAUAUUUCGUGUUAUGCAACCUGAACGAGCAACGCUUUAAUCGAGACUUCUGUAAUUCAGCUAGAAAUACGCUUACAUUCGAAUCGUAUAUCCCCGGCCUCCAACUUCUUCUAGUAAAGAUGAGCGAGUACGAACCACACUCCGUGGCGGCCAGAAGUUUUGAAAAGCAGCUGAACUUUCAGCUCAACGCGAUGGACCAAGCAGAUAAAGGACUCAUGCUUCUGGGCACUGCGCAUUUUCAACCGUCUGAAUCUGAUCGCAAGAAGAGGGUCGAUGAUGCCUAUCGUCCGAAAAGAAUGCCACGAAACCGCCGCAAAUCAUCAUGGCCAUCACUCACCGUCGAAGUCGGCUUCUCUGAACCGGUCCGAAAGUUGAAUUCAGAUGCAAUAUGGUGGAUUACUCAGUCUAGAGGGCAUGUGAACAAUGUUAUCAGGAUAUCUAUCAACCGCAACUACAGACAAAUCACAAUCGAAAAAUGGGCCAAUAUAGCUGCAGUACCCGAUGUGGAUCCCGCCGUCACUUACCGAAAUGUCCUAUCGCAGGAAGCAGGCGCAAAGAAAAUCAAAUUCUCCAAUAAGGAGCCUCUUAUAAUUACGUUCGAUGAUCUUUUCCUCCGGUCAGCACAGGGCCAAGAAGCUGAUAUUACGUUUGAUACCGAUAUUCUUGAAGCAAUAGCCAGCGAUGUGUGGUACGCGCAAUUCGAGAUGAAUUAUCAUCAUCAGCACUUGUAA